AUUUCUUCCAUCAGCUACUGUGUAAUCUUAACAGGUUGAAGGCGUCAAGAUACUUUUUUUUAUUAAAAAGAAAUCUCUUUGGUCUGCAUAAUGUGCUUGGCGACGGUUCCAUUUUAAGCUGUUUUUGUGUCCGGUCAGAUCACGUCUGCCCAUCCCGCAACCGGCGAUAGCAAGCAGGAUCGCUUAUUUGUUAAAACAAAUAUUUUGGCGUUUAUUAUUCACUGUGAUUUCGCAUUCAUCUACUGCUUCCAAAAAACGUUCUUUUUCUCAAAUCAACCAUUCCAAGAACGCACACAAUGGACAUUGUCAUGGACGACAAAGCAACACAGCCGACAGGAGAGUCCAAAAAGCGGCCCAGAAUAAACGGCUCGGUGAAGAAGCGCAAGCCAAUGCGGGCAUCCACAUCCAGAUCCGACAUUUACGUGACUCGCGAGCGGCGCAAGUUCAACGGCCAGCUGAACCGUGCGAGGAAGCUGCUGUUAGAUCGGCAUUUCCCAUCAAUUACCAUCCACGGGCUCGGCGCUGCCAUCCAGCAGGCGAUCAUGCUGGCAAACGCUGUCAAGGCCAGUCUGGGAGAUCAGGCUACCAUGGAAGUCACAUCCGACACCGUGACACUGUUCGACGAGGUGAUUCCCGAGGAUGAUGACGCCGAUACUGUCACUCAAGCGCGGCAAAACUCUGCUAUUCAUAUUAAAGUGGCGCUGAUUGACGACAUUGUCAGCUUGAUCAAUCCCAAGCGGAAGUAAAAAUGGUUUAUUUUGUGAGG